GUGUUGGUGAUGGGGUUUCAGACAGGCCCAAGGGGAGCACACCCUCCAUCACAGGCAAUAAAAGAGGGGGUGAUGACCAGUCAUGGUCAGAGUGUAGAGUUAGUCUCAGAACAUGAAGACAAGACAGCCCAACUUUCCUUCAGUCCAAUGGGCCAGCCUCAUGGGGAGAGCUGUGCUGCUCUCUCUCCUCCUGUCUGAUCCUCUCCACGUGGCGUCAGACUCAGACGAGGAGGUGCAAGAGCCAUCAGAGUGGCAAACAUGGAAGAGGAGCAACGGUGUAUCCUACGACGAGAAGCGGGAUGACAUUGAGAGGAAGGCCAUAUGGGACGACAACAUGAGAGUGAUUGAUGAGAAUAAUAACAGUUUUCUCAGAGGGACAAAGAUGUUCACCAUGGCCAUGAAUAAAUAUGGGGACCUGACAAGGCACGAAUACAAGCGUUUGCAAGGUGCCAUGAUAAAUAGCAAAAUAAAGAAAAGAGGGAAGAAUGCAUCAGCUCGAAAGCUCCGUGCCAGUGCUCAGAAGUUAGGGUCUGUUACCAUUGACUACAGAGCCAUGGGCUAUGUCACUGAGGUCAAAGACCAGGGCUAUUGUGGCUCCUGCUGGGCCUUUAGCACUACGGGUGCCAUCGAGGGACAAAUGUUCAAGAGGACAGGUCAACUGGUGUCCUUGAGUGAGCAGAACCUUGUGGACUGCUCCAAGCCCUACGGCACAUAUGGCUGCAGUGGGGCCUGGAUGGCUAAUGCCUAUAAUUAUGUGGUUCAGAAUGGGCUUCAGUCCACAGACACCUACCCCUACACAUCAGUGGACACCCAACCCUGUUUCUACGACAGCAUUCAGUCAGUUGCCAGCAUCACUGAUUACAGGUUCAUACCCUCUGGAGAUGAGCAGGCCCUGGCUGACGCUGUGGCAACCAUUGGCCCAAUCACCAUCGCUGUGGAUGCAGAUCACCCAAGCUUCAUGUUCUACAGUUCAGGAAUAUAUGAGGAGCCAAGCUGUAACCCCAACAACCUCAGUCAUGCGGUGCUGCUGGUUGGCUAUGGCUCUGAAGGGGGGCAAGACUAUUGGAUAAUCAAAAACAGCUGGGGUACUGCAUGGGGAGAGGGUGGCUACAUGCGAAUGAUCCGAAAGGGCAGUAACGCUUGUGGCAUCGCAAGCUACGCUCUGUAUCCUAUUUUAUGAACCACAUAAGUGAUAAAGUGUCAGAGACAGAACAUAUCAUCUUGGUGUUGGAUAGAUUGUCAGAGGUUAAUAAAAAGUAUUGAUUUGGUGUAUUUGUGGAUGUGAUGGUAUCAAGUAUUUUGUCUUCUAUACUGUAUUACUCUGAGCAAUGCUAUGCCUGUAUUGCACUGGGAUAGAGAAUAAAGUUCAAUUGAAUUGA